CAAACUGGACGCUACCCUCAACCGUGGACAACCUGGCUGUCGGAGUUCUGGCUCCAAUAGACCAGCUGCUGCCAUUUUGUGUGAUAUGGACGGCUUAUAACCAAACUCCAGUGCUGGAAAUGAUUUUAUCCGCAGCGACUCCGCACCUGCUUCUCCGCACGUCUGACCCCCGGCUCUCGGCCCCUCAAACGUCAGCUUCUUCUAUACUGUAAGCCCCCACCUUGCGGUGACAGGAAGUCAUCAAUCUUGGAACCACUAUCCAGACACUUUCACACAGUAAAGAAACGCACGCACGCAUCAUCUACACCAUGGCGCCCCCAUUCCGUGCAGAGCAAAUUGGAUCUCUCCUCCGACCCGACGAACUCAUCGCCGCACGCACCGCCGCAGGACAGACCGUGUCAUACAGCACAGAGCCCAUCCCUGAGGAACUCCAGAAGCUCACGGAGAAAUCGAUUGCCCAAGUGGUCGAGCAGCAACUGGACCGCAACGUCCGGCCCAUCAUGUCCGGGGAGUUUGAGCGCAGCAUCUACUACGCCGGCUUCUUCGAGCACCUCGAGGGCACCCGGAUCGUCGAGGUGCCAGUUCCCGCGGGGCUACGCAACGGACUACCUGUAUUGCACGUCAUGGCUCGCCUGGGAAUGACCAUGCGCGAGGCAGUCAUUGCAGUUGGCAAGAUCCGCUAUGUCCGCAGCCCCUACCUGGCGGACUGGGAGUACCUGCGGAGCCUGAUGCCAUCGCCGGCCCAGUGGAAAGAGUGCAAGUUCACCCUACCGCCAAUCACCUGGCAGCACCUGCAGUUGCGCGCCGGCACGGCUUUCACCUCUAGCAGCCCCUACACAACCGACAAGGAGUACUUCGCCGAUCUGGCGCAGGCGUUCGCCCAGGAGCUCCGCACCCUGUACGAUGCGGGCUUGCGGUCCGUGCAGGUGGACGACCCGCAGUUGCUGUAUUUCCUGACGGACGAGUUCCGCGCAGGCUGUCGGGCGGAUGGCCUAAAUCCGGACGAGUUGCUGGACCUGUACAUCUGGGCGCACAACGAGUGUCUGCGCGGUCGGCCGGCGGAUCUGCACGUGGGGAUCCAUCUCUGUCGCGGCAACAUGCCACAAUCCACUCACAUUGUCAGCGGAUCCUACGAGCAAAUCGCGCAGCGUCUGUUCACGGGGUUGGACUUUGACACUUUCUACCUAGAGUACGAUACUGAGCGAGCGGGCGACUUCCAGCCGCUGCGCCAUCUGCCUGUGGGCAAGAACGCGGUGCUGGGAGUGGUCUCGACCAAGGACCCGGCCCUCGAGGAUCUGGACGAGCUCGAGAACCGCGUGUACGAGGCAGCAGAUGUGAUUGCUCAGGGUCAAUACCGCAGUCGGCAGGAGGUUCUUAAUAGCACGUUGGGGGUGAGUCCGCAAUGUGGUUUCUCGAGUGUUGGUCGCGGUCGCGGCAUUGGGAUGACGGAAGGGAAGAUGUGGGAGAAACUGCAGCUCGUGCAGAGACUAGCCGAGAGGGUUUGGGGACGGACCGUGUGAAUAGUUACUAGUGUUCUGCAUCUCGG